AUGUCAAUGGAUACCACUGAAAAAUUGAACACUUAUGUUCAAGUAACUCAUUUCCUGUCAAAGGAAGAAUUAAAGAAUAUCGAUGAAGCUUUUAAGUUUAGUUUAGAGACUGAAUGUAUGGAUUUAGAUCCGUCAAAAGAAAAGAAAUUGGUCAAAAAAAUUGAUAUGUUUAUUUUACCUAUAAUGUGUAUAUUGAUGUCUUGUCAGCUUAUGGAUAAAUCUACAAACUCUUAUGCAUCUAUUGUUGGAUUAAGAACUGAUUUAAACAUGACAUCUCAAGAAUAUUCUUGGGUAGGGAGCUCGUUUUAUCUUGGAUAUUUGUUCUCCGAGUAUCCUGCCAAUAUGCUUUUGCAAAGAUUUCCACUUUCAAAAACCUUGGCACUAGCCGUUGUAUGCUGGGGAAUUAUUAUCUGUUGUCACGGAGCUUGUCAAUCAUCAGCAAGUUUCUUACUUUGUCGUACCUUAUUGGGCAUAUUUGAGGCCUUUAUGGAUCCUGCAUAUAUGCUUAUGACAUCUCAAUGGUACCGUAAGGAAGAACAAUAUAUCAGAUGUGGAAUUUGGCUUGGUUUACAAGGUUUCGGUACAAUGCUAGGUUCUGGUUUAGCCUAUGGGGUCUACAAACAUGAAACUUUGUUCCACUUUGCUCCAUGGAGACUACUUUUCGUUGUUACUGGAGUAAUCACUAUUGUUUUUGGUUUAGUCUCCUUCAUUCACGUGCCAGAUAUCCCAACUAAAGCUUGGUUCUUGAAUGAAGAGGAAAAGAAGUAUGCAGUUGAGAGAAUUAGAAAAAAUAAGACUGGGUUUGGUAGUAAGGUUUAUAAACCUACACAGUUUAAGGAAGCGCUUACCGACCCAUGUAUCUAUUUGUUCUUUUUUUAUAUGUGUGGAUAUGGUAUUACAAAUGGUUCAAUUGGGAAUUUCGGCUCAAUUUUAUUAAAUGAAGAAUUUGAAUUUCCUACAGGCCAAGCGCUACUUUUGAAUAUGGUAGGCAGUGGAGUGGAUAUAGUUUUUCCGUUGUUCUUUGCAUACGUGAACAAAAUUUUAAUUCCAAGCAGGUUAGCAACGAGUUUCCUCAUAAACAGUAUAAUUUAUAUUGGAAUAUGCUUGAUAGCAUUUGCGCCACAAAAAGGAGCAAAGUUAACAGGAUACUUCGUUAGCUUUUUAACUACUGCGAGCUGGGCUUGUAUGAGCUCUGUUGUUUCUUCGAAUGUCGCUGGUCAUACAAAGAAGAUUACCGCCAACACUACUUUCUUGAUUGGGUUUUGUGUUGGUAACAUUAUUGGUCCACAAGCUUUCAUAGGAAGUGAAGCUCCCAUUUAUAUUACUGCUAAAAGAGUAAUGGCUGGUACCUAUGUGUUAACCGUUGUCAGCGCAGGUUCGCUACUCGUUAUCUAUUACCUCAGAAAUAAGAAGAAAGACCAAUUGCAAGGUACGAGCAAUUCUGAAGAUAACGCACAUUUGUCUUUCGGAGAUCUAACUGAUCAAGAAAACCCAUCUUUUAGAUACGUUCUCUAA